CUAUAUGAAACCAGAGAAAGAAAAGAAGUGUGGAGUCUCCCAUGCACGUUACCUCCACAAGAAACAAUUGAAGAGGAGAGAGGAAAGGUUUAAUUCAGGGGUUUACUACCACCAGUCAACAAGAACAAUCAGCUGUGAGAACAGAGUUUUGAUCCUUAUUUUUCACUCAGUAAGCAACAAAAAAAGAAACAUUUUCAUUUCUCUAUGAGAAGACGCACAACUGAAAACAGCAGCGAUGGGGCCCUCUCUCCUCCAGGCCUACAGGAGACGCUGGUGGAUGGCGGUGACGGCGGUGAUUGAAAACCUGCUGUGUUCGGCUGUGCUGCUGGGCUGGGGCUCCCUGCUCAUCAUGCUGAAAAGGGAAGGCUUCUACGCCUACUUGUGCUCAGUGAAUGAGUCUGUGGUCGUGUCAUUGGGUAACUCCUCCAGCAGUGAGGUGGAGGAGUGGCUCAGCUGCGUGGACCAGGAGGAGAUGCUGAAUCUGGGCUUCACCAUCGGGUCCUUUUUGCUCAGUGCCACCACCCUGCCUCUGGGAAUCCUGAUGGACAGGUUUGGACCACGCCUCAUUCGCCUGAUGGGCAGUUCGUGUUUCGGUCUGUCGUGUGUUAUGAUGGCCGCGUCUGCCUACAACCCUCAUGUUCUGUCACCGCUCAUUUUCUUGGCUCUCUCCAUGAACGGCUUUGGAGGCAUCUGCUUGACCUUUACCUCACUCACGCUCCCCAACAUGUUUGGUGCUCUGAGCUCCACCAUCAUGUCUCUGAUGAUUGGCUCCUACGCUUCCUCUGCUGUCACCUUCCCUGGAGUCAAGCUGAUCUACGAUGCAGGUGUGUCCUUCCAGGUGAUCAUGUGGAUGUGGGCAGGUCUUGCUGCCUGUGUCUUUUUAAACUGUCUUCUCAACUGGCCCGCAGAAGGCUUCCCAACACCUGACGAGGUAGACUACAGUAAGAUCCUUACAAUGCAAGAGCUGCCUUCAUCUGAUCAGAAGGCUGUUGGAGAAAGACUUAGCCAGAAAAAUGGAGACAUCCGACACUCCACAGAGAAACUUUCUAGUGAAUCUGAUGCUGCACCCAAUGUUACUCCCUUUCGUCGGUCUGUGUUCUCUCCCAUCUUCCUGUGGAGUCUGGUUACAAUGGGGAUGACCCAAUUGAGGAUCAUCUUCUUCAUGGGGGCUAUGAACAAGAUGCUGGAGUUUAUGGUCACCCACGGUGAAGAGUAUCCAUCUGAGCAGCUGGUGCUUAAGACAGAGGAGAAAGUGAGUUUCUACUCGUCCAUCUUUGGCACGCUGCAGUUGCUGUGCCUUGCUACGUGUCCUCUGAUUGGUUACAUAAUGGACUGGAAGAUGAAGGAGUGUGAAGAGGAGAAGACCGUCCCCCCAGGCACAGAGCAGAGACAGACCAGAGUUCCCGUGAGAGACCGUAAGAUCCAGAAAGUGACCAACGCCAUGAGGGCCUUCAUUCUCACCAACCUGAUGCUGCUCGCUUUCGGAUGCUGCAGCCUCAUAGACAACCUGCCUCUACAGAUCUUAACCUUCAUCCUUCACACUAUGGUCCGAGGCUUCAUCCACUCCUGCUGCGGAGGCCUUUAUGCUGCUGUCUACCCGUCCAACCACUUUGGCACUCUGACAGGCCUCCAGUCCAUGAUCAGCGCCGUGAUCGCUCUGCUGCAGCAGCCGCUCUUCAUCGUCAUGGUCGGAACCCUGAACGGAGACCCCUACUGGAUCAACCUCGGACUGCUAAUAUUCUCAUUGGCUGGUUUCCUGUUGCCGGGUUACCUGUUCUACCACCGCAGACAGCUGCUGAGGGAAAAAGAAGCCAGAGACAAGCGAGUGGCCGAACAGGAGAUGCAGGCGCUCAACAACACCGAGGCCAAUGGCUACAAACCUCACAGCAACGGCCUCGCUGCUGUGGAGGCUUAGAGCGACACAGAGCGGAGGGUUGGGGGGAAUUGUAGGAUUUAUGUGCCUUUUUAAAAUGAGCACCAGCAAUCGCCUCAUCCAUAUAUAUUUUGUUUUGAUAUUUCCAGUGUUUUUGUUUUUGGUCAUUGCUGGUGCACAUUUUGCUCACAACAAACCAUACCACAGAGCAAAUUGGAUUCCUCCUGUUUUGUUAUGACUAAGAGUUAGACUUUAAGUUCCCUGUGAUUUCGUGGUGAUGUGUCAUCAUCAUUUGUUGCUGUUUAUUUAUUCUGGUUUAGUGUCAAAGAGCCAAUUUAGUGUGAUUUAAAGCCAUAGAUUUCACGCACACGCAAAAAGACACAUGCACACACCCUGGUAUGGCCUGCGUGUCAGACUGCGGAUGUCACUGUACUUGAAAUACUGUUGAAUAGUUUUCAAAGACUUCUGAUAAUCAUCACAAUCCUUGCUAACACCAAAGAACAGCUUAAAGAUAUUAGGAAAGUUACACUUUCUACUUCAGUAUUGUUUUAAAAGUGUGCUUAAUGAAACACACUUUAGGUAUAUUGUGCUGUUUCCACUGUUUUAUACAUCUCUAACACACUUUAAAAGCAUACAAGCAAUCAAAGAAAAUGUAAACUAUCUAAAUACCAGACCUACGUAUAGAGAAGCAUUUGGGUUAUUUUCAGAGCCCAGUUAUUCAAUGAGACACACACACACACACACACACACACACACGUACAUGCGCAGAUAGGCUGGUUGUAGAGACACCAUAUCUACCUCCUCUGUUUUUACUGUCUUUCUGCAGCCAACUACUAUGUCAGUCCAAUUUCUUUUCCACAUUAGGAACUAUUCAUCCUUUCAUUGUCAAACACCCAAAAUAACUAAUUUAAUCAGUACAGAAUCCCUCCUUGUGCAUUUGUGUUCUUUAGAGGUAUUGCUAACUCAGCUCUUGAAUUUCUUUUUUUUUUUUUUUUUUUAUGUUAAGUAAAACAUUUUUAUGGAAAAUUCACAAGGAAAAAUAUUACUGACUUUUACAAUUCUGACACACAGUGUGUGCCAAUGUUAUGAAUCACUUUGUACUGCUUUAUGCACAGAAAUGAACUAGUGUGUGUAUAAAAUAUGUAUUUAAGUGUCUUUUUAUACUCUAGCUGCAGUAGCAUUAAAAAGGGAAGUGUUUGUUUCAGUUUUAGUUAUUUUGUAGUGUGCUAAAUAAUGAAUGAAGCUCAGAUGAUUUUCUAUGUAUUCUGCUUUUGCCUUUGAUUUUUUUGUCAUGUAUUGAUUUUGGAGCAAACAAACCAUCAACAUUGUUUUUUGUAAAUAGACAGAGGUGUGUUAUGUAUUUUAUUACAUUUUCUGCUUGCUUUACUAUAUAUGUGUGUGUACGGUAUGUUCACUGAUGGCUGACGUUAAACUUGUUAUUUUAAUGUGAUUUUUCUCCUUGAAUGAUCAAAGUCACAUUCAAAAGACAUUGUUUCAGCCAAAACAGAAAAAUGUACAUUCUUCUAAAGUGACAACAAUACGUGUCUAUCCUGUACAUGCUAGUUCUGCUCACAGCAACAGUAUCAUGUAGAUUUAUUGAAUUGGAUGUAGCCUUUCAUUUCACCUUUUUGACUCAAUCCAUUUCAGUGUCAAGACAGCUUUAGUAGAGUUCUCCUUUCUUGUCUGAUGCAUCCUUCCUGCUCUCCAAAUGUGUUCAGCUGCUUGAGUCUUUGCUGAUUCUGAGUUGUGUUUCAAAUAUGUGCCUUUGCUGCCAUAUUGGUUUUAUUGCAAUAGAUAUGAAUGUUAGAUUAAACGGGAAAUACACCCAUUUUCAGUCAUACAUGUUAGUCUAAGACAGUCCAAAAAUAAUAGCAAACAUGAACAAAUCUCUCACAUAUCCAAAAACUAGAGUGCUAAAACUCCAAUCUGUGAUGUCAUUAGGAUAGUGUGCAAGGCACUCAUGAAGGAGAUUCUGAGUUUUGUUUGAAUUCUGUGCCUUUGCUUUCAUUUUGGCUUUAUUGCAAUAGAUAUGAAUUUAAGGGAUUAAAAGGGAACUAUGCCCAUUUUCAAAAUUCAUAUGUUAUUCCUAUAGCCUAAGGCAGUCCAAAAAUAUUAGUAAAUUCCCAAAUCCAAAAACUAGAGUUCUAAAAAUGAACUGCUCCAUGGACAAUUGGGAAAUAUGUUACAGAUGACACAGAGAGCCUCAGGGGAAUGUUCUGAGUAAAUGGGUACAUUUUCUGUUUCAGAUCUGAGUACACUACAAUAGAAUAAAACUUAUUUGGGUACAAAGAAGAUAAAAAUCAAUAUCCCAUUUGUCUAUGGAGCAGCUCCAGACUUUAAAUACUUGACAUCACACAUUUGAGACUGACUUAUGUGGUUUCUUUGAGAGAAAGUAACCCAUGUUCACAAAUAUUGCUUGAACUUAAAUAGACCAUGGAAAUGCCAUAGCGGAAUUCCUAAUUUAGGUGAUGUUCCCCUUGAUGUUCUGCCAAACAUCUUUCUCUGUAAGCCAAAACUGUGUACUGACUGACUGUAAGCUAAUCAAAGGCACUUUCCUAGGGAGCAAAAUAACAGGAAUGUCUUACAACACCAUUGAUGGUAAUUUCUGAGGCUGUAUGUUGUGUUGUUUAAAUACUGUUGAGUGAAUUACAAUCAGUGUUGGUGAGGUUUUUGAUGAUGUCAGUGCUUUCCUCUUAUAUAGUGUUAUGUAAUGUUUAAAAAACAUAUGUACCAGCAACAACUACCCGACCCCUUUGUACAUAUGUACUCUUAAAAGUCCCUAAGAACUUAGUGGUUGUAAGACCUGACUCCCUUGUGUUCAUGCUUUUGUAAUUGGGAUUUACAGUAGUCAUUGAUUAACACCUCUGAGAGUCUCUAACAUAAACAUCCUUUGCUUUGUCUGUAUUUUAAGUGGCUUAUCAAAUCUUCUCUCACCUUUGGGGUUGAAGUUUUGGUAUGUCCUGCUAAAUGUAGGUCUUUCUUUCCUGCCUUCAAAUCAGUAUAUCCAGCACGUGCAUUUGAUAAACAAAUAAAUGAAUAAAGUUUG